AUGCAUGCCCUGAAAGAAGCCUCCCAGAAAACCUUGGCAGAAGCACUGGAACUGGAGGAGCUUCCCCACCGAGACAAGGUGUUGGCAGCGGAACCCAUGCCGAAUUUUUCCUCCACUCCCAAUGGUCCCAAUGGCGGCUUGCCCUUGUCCUUUUGGGCUGCCUGGCAAUUGAACGAUCGACCACGUCGCGUAGCUCUCCUCUUGGAUGAUUGUCAAGAAGAAUACCGUGAAUACGCCAUCGACAUUUUGCCACAACUAGUGUCGUUAGUGGAGACUUUUGGCCGUCACGGCGAUGGAGUCUGCCGUGUUUGGUCGGCAUGGUCGCGGACAGUGGAUGAUGGGAUUUCCAAUGCCAUGGACCGUUGGUACGGUCCUCGUGGUUUGCGAAAAGACGAACCGGAAAAUGCAGUUUACAUUUUUGGUGGAGCCGAAGGCAUGAAGCCACUGAAGGAAAUUGCUCCCACCCAACAAGAAAUCGACGACGGCUGGUUCUACAUGGGACGUCAUUUGGACAUGUUUUGGAAUUUUGAUGACACUGGCAAGAGCUACUUGGAUGAAAAGUUGAAGGCGGAGGGCAUUGACACGGUUGUCAUUGCUGGAUUGUGGACCGACGAGUGCAUCCUCAGCACCGCCUAUGCAGCGAGCUCUCGAGGAUAUGAUGUCGUCGUCGUGAGUGAUGCUGUGGCGACCGCCACUGCCAAUCAACAAGCUGCCUUGACCAUUGCCAAUGGAACCGUGGCCAAAGUUUUGACCGCCAAAGAAGUGAUGGACUAUAUGGAAAAGGAAUUCCGAGUAGGUCAACCAGGUGCUGUCAAGGGAACCAAACAUCCGGAUGGCCGAAAGGACUAA